AUGGAACACGCCGGCCGAGCAGGACGCAGACGCGCGGGGCUGGCGUCCGCGCUGCGGCCUUUGUCUGGCGCGGCCUGCCCGUCCGCCACCUUGGAUCUGCGCUGCGAGCGUUUCCUUCUCGGAGUGUGGGGAUUUGGGUCGGAGACUCUGGCCUGUGCCUCCGGCCUUCAGGGGUUGGAGAAGAAUGUUCAGGAAGCCGGAAAUGCUGGAGAAAGGACUUACGUGUCCUCCAGGGAGAAUGCUCUGUGGAAGAAAGAGAGGUGCAAGAGGUGUGAGGAGUUGGUGUCAUUUGAAGACGUAGCUGUGGACUUCACCUGGCAAGAGUGGCAGCACCUGGAUGUUGGUCAGCGAAACCUCUACAGAGAUGUGAUGCUGGAGAACUACAGCAGCCUCAUGUUCUUGGGGAACUGUAUGACCAAACCAGAUUUGAUAUUCAAGUUGGAGCAUGGAUUUUCACCAUGGUGUCUAGUAGAAGACUCAUUCCAGAGGCUCCCAGAAGUGAAAAUUGAAGAAAAAAUGCAUUGGACGAAGACUGAUGAUUUUAAACAAUGCCAGAAUGCUGUUUAUCACAAGUUACAUCACACUUGUCAUCAAGGAACAAACACAGGUGAGCUGUGUGAAUGUGGGACAACCUUGAUCUCCAAGUCACAACUCAUUGAGCAUCAGAGAACUCACAAAGGUGAGAAUUCAUAUGAAUGUAUUGAAUAUGAGGAAGCUGUCAUCUCCCAGUCUCAUCCUACUGGGAAUCAGAGAAUUCACAGAGGUAACAAGUCAUAUGAAUGUACCAAAUGUUGGAAAACUUUCAUCUCAAAGUCACAGAACACUAUACAUCAGAGAACUCAAACAGAUGAUAAGCUAUAUGAAUGUAAUGAAUUUGGGAAAGGUUUUAUUACCAAAUCAGAUCUUAAUAAGUAUCAGAGAAAUCACACAGGUGAGAAGCCACAUGAAUGCACUGAAUGGUGGAAAACUUCCAAGUCACAACUCACUAUACAUCAGAAAACUCACACAUAUGAAAAGCCAUGUGGAUGUAAUGAAUGUGGAGAAACUUACUUUAUGAACUCACAUCUCACUGUUCAUCAGAGACCUCACACAGGUGGCAAGCCAUAUGAAUGUAGUGAAUGUGGGAAAGCCUUCAUCUCCAAGUCACAGCUCACUAUACAUCAGAGAAUUCACACAGGUGAAAAGCCAUAUGAAUGUAGGGAAUGUGGAAAAGGUUUCACUACCAAGUCAGGUCUUAAUAAACAUCACAGAAAUCACAGAAGUGAGAAACCAUAUGAAUACACUGAAUGUUGGAAAAUCUUCCCCAAGUCACAACAAAAUAUACAUCAGAGAACUCACACAACUGAAAAGCCAUAUGCAUGUAGUGAAUGUGGGAAAGGUUUUAUUACCAAGUCAGAUCUUAAUAAGCACCAGAGAAUUCAUACAGGUGAGAAGCCAUAUUUGUGCACUGAAUGUUGGAAAACCUUCUUCUCCAAGUCACAGCUCAAUAUUCAUUGGAGAAGUCACACUGGUGAAAAGCCAUAUGAAUGUUCUGAAUGUGGGAAAGCCUCCAUUACCAAGUCAGAUCUUAAUAAGCACCGAAGAACUCACACAGGUGAGAAGCCAUAUGAAUGCACUGUAUGUUUUAAAUGCUUCAUCUCCAAGUCUCAGCUCACUAUACAUCAAAGAACUCACACAGGUGAAAAGCCAUAUGAAUGUACUGAAUGUGGGAAAGCCUCUAUUACCAAAUCAGAUCUUAAUAAACAUCAGAGAACUCACACAGGAGAGAAACCAUAUGAAUGUCCUGAAUGUUGGAAAUCCUUCAUAUCAAAGUCACAACUCACUCUACAUCAAAGGACUCACACAGGUGAAAAGCCAUAUGAUUGUACUGAAUGUGGGAAAGCUUUCAUUUCUAAGUCACAGCUCACUAUACAUCAGAGAACACACACAGGUGAAAAGCCAUAUGAAUGUACUGAAUGUGGGAAAGCCUUCAUAUCCAAGUCACAUCUCACUAAGCAUCAGAGAUCUCAUACAGGUGAAAAGCCAUAUGAAUGUACUGUGUGUGGAAAAACUGUCAUCUCCAAGUCAAGUCUCACUAGACAUUACAGAACUCACACUGGUGUAAAGCCAUAUGAGUGUACUGAAUGUGGGAAAGCUUUCAUCUCCAAGUCACAGCUCACGAUGCAUCAGAGAACACAUACAGGUAGAAGCCAUAUCAAUGUAAUGAAUGUGGGAGAGCUUUCCUUGCAAAGUCAGAUCUUAAGAAACAUCAACGAAUUCAUACAGGUGAGAAGCCAUAUAAAUGUACUGAAUGUGGGAAAGCUUUCAUCUCCAAGUCACAGCUCACUGUUCAUCAGAGAACUCAUACAGGUGAAAAGCCAUAUGGAUGUAUUAUUUGUUGGAAAGCUUUCACUUCCAAGUCACAGCUCAUUAUGCAUCAUAGAACUCAUACAGGUGAAAAGCCAUAUGCAUGUAACAAAUGUGGGAAAACUUUUAUUGCUAAGUCGAAUCUUAAUAAACAUCAGAAAAAACAUAUAUGAGAAUCCAUAUGAAUAUACUGAGUGUGGGUAAGCUUUAUCUUCAAAUCACAGCUCAGUAUGCAUCAGAGAAUUCACUUGGAAAUGAAACUAUGUAAAUAUAAUGAAUACGGAAACACAUUCAUCCUUCAGUGACAGGUCACCACUCAUGAGAGAACUCACACAGGUUAGAAACCAUAUAAAUGUAGUGAAUAUGUAAAAGUUUUUACCUCAUUCACAGCUCACUGUGCAUCAGAGAAUGCAUACAGAUGAGAAGCCAUAUCAAUAUGAGAAAGCCUUCAUCUCCUAGUCACAUCCUAUUUCUCAUCAGAGAAUUCACAUGACUUCAAAAUCAUAUGUAUAUAAUGACUAUUGAAAACAUUUCCUUUCCAAGUUUUGACAGCCAUAUACAAGAGAAUUCAAACAAAUGAGAAUCCAUAUAAAUACAAUGAUUGCAGGAAAGCUUUCUUCCACAAUUGAAAACUCAUGUAGCAGAGAACUAAUGUAGGGAAUACACCUUAACAAGGUAAUGUAUGUUGAAAUGCUUUCUGCCAUUAGUCAAAAACCACCGUGGAUCUGGAAGACAUACCUCAAAGAACUUAUACCAGAAGAAAUCAUUGGGAAUGUAAUGAAUGCAUGAAUGAAAACUUCUCCAUUUCAUUUCUCAAUAUGCAUCAGAGAAAUGAAAUCAGAAGUCCUCUGAAAGUAAACAAGCUAGCAAAGGUCAGAACUUACCUAACAUUAUAGACCUCAAGAAGUAUUUAUGAAUCUAAAAUAUAUAGAGAAUAUAUGACAUUUUCACACAAUACUCAUAUAUAACUACACAUGAGAAAACUCAUAUAACUAAGAAGUUUUACUUAUUUUCAGUUAUUUUCUUUCCAAUACUGACUUAAUAUCUUGACAAUAAAAGUAAGAAAACCUACGAGCAAAUUAGUCCUAACUUUGUAUCAAAGAUUGCCUUGCACAUAAUAUUUAUGAGCCAGAAAAAAACAUACACUUUAUUCUUUAAAUUGUAGCUUAGUGAACUACUUUUUUUUUCUUACUUUUGCAAUAGGUUUAUUAGAUAUAUAUGGAAUGACUUAGGAAUUUGCAUUUAUGAAGCUAUUCAGUGAUGUAACAAAACCUUGAUGGGCAAUUGUCUUAUUUUUGAAGAAGCUAAAAGCAUAAUGAAAUGUGAAGUAUAAGAAAUGUUGACAGUUGUAUUUUGUGUGAUGACCACUUGCUCUCACCAGUUCCUGGGAACUAGACGAAUAUUGUAUUUAAAAGGAAUCAUCUGGUGGUGUCUGCCAGAGGAAAGUUGAUUAGUUUGAAAUUUAAAGACAUAGUAACAUCAUUUACUGUAACUGCAACUCUUUAAGACAUUUCCAUCUUUGAGUAUGUAUUAAAAGCGUACCAGUAGUGCUGGCCUGAAAACAGGAGAGGUGUGUAAUUACAAUACUAAAGGAUAUUACUAUUCUGGUUUGGUCACUCACAUAAUUAUUGCUUUUGGAAUUAGAACAAAGGCAGGAAAAAAUUUCAGCAAGUGCACAAAGCCUUCAGAUUGUCACCUUGCAUCGAAGGGAAGUCUUGAAAUUCUUGUGUUAACACCCUAUGAUAUAAAAAAUGGAGCUAUAAAGAUGAAAAAUGUUUCAGUGUGGCUGCUCAGAUUUUCAGGAAUUGCCACCAAGUAAUGCUGCUCAUGCUGGGAUAGUUUGAAUUCCUUGUAAAACUAGCAUUCAAGUCUGGUGGGGAUAAUUUGAUGACCAGUUUUUGUUUGUUUGUUUGUUUGUUUUUCUGGUCAUGUCUCCAAGGUAAAGCUGCAAUAUUUGAUAUUUGUCCUGUUUCUUUUCCCAUUUACAUUGCUUCAACAUUUCCUUGCUAUUCCUUUUUUUGUGAUGGAAAUAAUAGACGUUGGAUUUUCAAGUUUUGAGCCAUUAUUUUGGUAAAGACUAUUGAGACUUAUUUUUAUUUUUAUUUUUCAAGCUAACAUCUUACUCUAGCCCAAGCUGAUCUAGAAUUCACAAUGCAGUUUCAGGCUGGCCUCAAACUCAUGGCAAUCCUCUCACUUCUGCCUCCUGAGUCCUAGGAUUAAAGACAUGUGCCACAAUGCCCAGUUUGUGUAGACUUUAAUUCAAACUGAAAAUGUAUGUAAUCAUACAAUGGUAAAGAGUUUAUGUGGGACAUGGAUGUUGAAUUUGGAUGUUUGAAUGCAAUGUUUCUCCUCUACUUUCAUGUUUUUGUUCAAUUCAGGCUGUCCUGGAAUUUACUAUGUAGUUCUGGCUGGCCCUUAACUCACAGUGAUCCUUCUACCUCUGCCUUCCAAGUGCUGGAAUUAAAGGCAUCUCCCAUUAUGCCCAGUUGUUAUUCAAUUUUUAAUGUAUGUAAUUGAUAUAAGAUGUAAUGCAUGUAAUAUGUAUAAAAUGAUUGUCAAAAAAGGUGUGAGUGUGCGUGGAUGAUGUCUCGUUGGGUCAAGUGCAUGUCACACAAGCAUGAGGGUGUGACUUUGGACCCCAUAUCCACGUAAGAAUGCUACCUGUGCCACUUGUGCACACCGGUAAGAAACUGGUGAAUUGCCGAAGAGUUGGAGGCAGGAGGAUCAGGAGUUUGAGCCCAUCCUGGGCUGAACAUUUAAAUAAUAAAAGAAAAGGUAGUUUUAGGGUUGGCACAAUUGCUCAGCAAUUUAUGCGCUUACUUACAAAGCACAGUGACCAAUGGUCAAUUCCCCAGAACCUAUAUAAAACCAGUGCAGAGUGUCACAUGCAUCUGGAUAUUGUUUGCCACAAAUAGAGGCCCUGGCA